UAUGUUGGUUAAGAUAACUUCGCGACAACGUCUAUUUCGUUGGAUUUAUAUUUGGUAGUUCAAUCAAGAUGUCGGUUCUUCACAAGCCGAGGUUGUAUCAUUUAGAGCAAGGAUCGAACGGAUACGGGUUUCAUUUGCAUGGGGAAAAAGGAAAAGUUGGUCAAAAAAUCCGUAAAGUAGAACCCGGUAGCCCAGCCGAAGUAGCGGGGUUGCGUGUGGGUGAUUGUGUCGUUGCCGUGAAUGGGUGGAACGUUGAAAACGAAAGUCACCAAGAGAUAGUUGCACGAAUAAAGGAACGAGCGGGAGAAACUGACUUGUUGGUCGUCGAUGAAGAAGCGAACCAAUAUUUCAAGCAAAACAGCAUUGACAUCACGGAAGGUUUGAUUGGUAACGAAGACACCGUGCAACAAGAACAAAUUAUUAAAAAGGUUGAUGGUCCUCGGCCUCGGUUGUGUAAAUUGACUCGAUCGGACCAGGGGUUCGGGUUUAAUUUGCACAGCGAGAAGGGAAAGCAAGGUCGUUUCAUUCGCUCGGUGGAUGAAGGGGGGGCGGCGGAUCGCGCUGGGUUGCUUGCGGGGGAUCGAAUUAUUGAGAUAAAUGGAGUAAACAUGGAGUACGAGCGACAUGCAUCAUUGGUUGCGGCAAUCAAGGAGUCCGGUACCGAUGUUGAGCUACUUGUCGUUGACGAUCAAACCGACCGAUUUUUCAAGUUAUGUGAUGUAACGCCAUCAAGUGUUCAUGUUGAAGGUGCGUUGCCCCAACCACCGACACCAGUUGUGACAUCACAAUCCACGCCUCCUCCGACCACGCCCCUCGCACCCCAACCUAACGGGGAUUCCCCUGCUGAUAUACUUAACAUGGACUUAACUACAUUGAAAAGCAAGGCUCGGUCGAGUAAAAAGAAGGCAGCUCCGUCAAGUAAUUGGAACAACCGACAAUCUAUCUUCAACAAUCUGUAACCAACUUCCUCCCCCAUACUUCUUCAAUAAUCGAUCAUUUUAUAAUUUUUUAACUAAGUUGAGAACUGUUGGUACAUCAAUGUCGAUAUGAACUAAGUAUUCGUAGAUUUGUAUAUAUUGCAUUUUAAUCGCUGGUACCAUGAGGUGCUCACUGUACAUUCCUAAUCAAGGUAGUUGUAAUUCACUGUCAUUGUUCUCACUGUAAUAAUAAACUGUAGAAUCAUCAA